UUGAUGACUGGCCCCUCCUCUGACCACACAACAGGAAGUGGUUUCUACAUGUACAUCGAGGGUGAUAGUGCCAGUUAUGGUGACACGGCACGUAUCAUCAGUUCAGAGUGCGCUGACAUUCAAAAUCAGUGUCUUCAGUUUUGGUACCACAUGUACGGUUCCGGUAACACCAUGGGACUGAGCGUCUACCAUCUGCAGGGAAAUGUGGCCAAAGAGGUGUGGAAGAAGAGAGAAAACCAGGGAAACAUGUGGUACCGUGCACUGGUGGACCUGACACCAACAGGGAAGUUUCAGGUGAUCUUUGAGGGACGUAGAGGAAGCACAUCCCUGUCAGAUGUUUCCAUUGAUGAUGUCUCUCUACACAAAGGAACCUGUGAUGAUUUAACAGACCCAUUGCCACCCGGACCCAUCCCAACUACAACCAGACCUACCCCAACUACAACCAGACCCACCGAAAUCACAACUGCGCCCAUAACAACUACCACCUCAGGUGGUGGAAGUGCAGUUUGUAACCUGAACUGUGAUUUUGACGGUGAUAUCUGCGCUUGGAGUCAGAUGCCGACUGAUGCUUUUGAUUGGACAAGACACACAGGCUCCACCCCCUCUUUGAUGACUGGCCCCUCCUCUGACCACACAACAGGAAGUGGUUUCUACAUGUACAUCGAGGGUGAUAGUGCUAGUUAUGGUGACACGGCACGUAUCAUCAGUUCAGAGUGCGCUGACAUUCAAAAUCAGUGUCUUCAGUUUUGGUACCACAUGUACGGUUCCGGUAACACCAUGGGACUGAGCGUCUACCAUCUGCAGGGAAAUGUGGCCAAAGAGGUGUGGAAGAAGAGAGAAAACCAGGGAAACAUGUGGUACCGUGCACUGGUGGACCUGACACCAACAGGGAAGUUUCAGGUGAUCUUUGAGGGACGUAGAGGAAGCACAUCCCUGUCAGAUGUUUCCAUUGAUGAUGUCUCUCUACACAAAGGAACCUGUGAUGAUUUAACAGACCCAUUGCCACCCGAACCCAUCCAAACUACAACCAGACCUACCCCAACUACAACCAGACACACCGAAAUCACAACUGCGCCCAUAACAACUACCACCUCAGGUGGUGGAAGUGCAGUUUGUAACCUGAACUGUGAUUUUGACGGUGAUAUCUGCGCUUGGAGUCAGAUGCCGACUGAUGCUUUUGAUUGGACAAGACACACAGGCUCCACCCCCUCUUUGAUGACUGGCCCCUCCUCUGACCACACAACAGGAAGUGGUUUCUACAUGUACAUCGAGGGUGAUAGUGCCAGUUAUGGUGACACGGCACGUAUCAUCAGUUCAGAGUGCGCUGACAUUCAAAAUCAGUGUCUUCAGUUUUGGUACCACAUGUACGGUUCCGGUAACACCAUGGGGCUGAGCGUCUACCAUCUGCAGGGAAAUGUGGCCAAAGAGGUGUGGAAGAAGAGAGAAAACCAGGGAAACAUGUGGUACCGUGCACUGGUGGACCUGACACCAACAGGGAAGUUUCAGGUGAUCUUUGAGGGACGUAGAGGAAGCACAUCCCUGUCAGAUGUUUCCAUUGAUGAUGUCUCUCUACACAAAGGAACCUGUGAUGAUUUAACAGACCCAUUGCCACCCGGACCCAUCCCAACUACAACCAGACCUACCCCAACUACAACCAGACCCACCGAAAUCACAACUGCGCCCAUAACAACUACCACCUCAGGUGGUGGAAGUGCAGUUUGUAACCUGAACUGUGAUUUUGACGGUGAUAUCUGCGCUUGGAGUCAGAUGCCGACUGAUGCUUUUGAUUGGACAAGACACACAGGCUCCACCCCCUCUUUGAUGACUGGCCCCUCCUCUGACCACACAACAGGAAGUGGUUUCUACAUGUACAUCGAGGGUGAUAGUGCCAGUUAUGGUGACACGGCACGUAUCAUCAGUUCAGAGUGCGCUGACAUUCAAAAUCAGUGUCUUCAGUUUUGGUACCACAUGUACGGUUCCGGUAACACCAUGGGACUGAGCGUCUACCAUCUGCAGGGAAAUGUGGCCAAAGAGGUGUGGAAGAAGAGAGAAAACCAGGGAAACAUGUGGUACCGUGCACUGGUGGACCUGACACCAACAGGGAAGUUUCAGGUGAUCUUUGAGGGACGUAGAGGAAGCACAUCCCUGUCAGAUGUUUCCAUUGAUGAUGUCUCUCUACACAAAGGAACCUGUGAUGAUUUAACAGACCCAUUGCCACCCGAACCCAUCCAAACUACAACCAGACCUACCCCAACUACAACCAGACACACCGAAAUCACAACUGCGCCCAUAACAACUACCACCUCAGGUGGUGGAAGUGCAGUUUGUAACCUGAACUGUGAUUUUGACGGUGAUAUCUGCGCUUGGAGUCAGAUGCCGACUGAUGCUUUUGAUUGGACAAGACACACAGGCUCCACCCCCUCUUUGAUGACUGGCCCCUCCUCUGACCACACAACAGGAAGUGGUUUCUACAUGUACAUCGAGGGUGAUAGUGCUAGUUAUGGUGACACGGCACGUAUCAUCAGUUCAGAGUGCGCUGACAUUCAAAAUCAGUGUCUUCAGUUUUGGUACCACAUGUACGGUUCCGGUAACACCAUGGGACUGAGCGUCUACCAUCUGCAGGGAAAUGUGGCCAAAGAGGUGUGGAAGAAGAGAGAAAACCAGGGAAACAUGUGGUACCGUGCACUGGUGGACCUGACACCAACAGGGAAGUUUCAGGUGAUCUUUGAGGGACGUAGAGGAAGCACAUCCCUGUCAGAUGUUUCCAUUGAUGAUGUCUCUCUACACAAAGGAACCUGUGAUGAUUUAACAGACCCAUUGCCACCCGGACCCAUCCCAACUACAACCAGACCUACCCCAACUACAACCAGACCCACCGAAAUCACAACUGCGCCCAUAACAACUACCACCUCAGGUGGUGGAAGUGCAGUUUGUAACCUGAACUGUGAUUUUGACGGUGAUAUCUGCGCUUGGAGUCAGAUGCCGACUGAUGCUUUUGAUUGGACAAGACACACAGGCUCCACCCCCUCUUUGAUGACUGGCCCCUCCUCUGACCACACAACAGGAAGUGGUUUCUACAUGUACAUCGAGGGUGAUAGUGCCAGUUAUGGUGACACGGCACGUAUCAUCAGUUCAGAGUGCGCUGACAUUCAAAAUCAGUGUCUUCAGUUUUGGUACCACAUGUACGGUUCCGGUAACACCAUGGGACUGAGCGUCUACCAUCUGCAGGGAAAUGUGGCCAAAGAGGUGUGGAAGAAGAGAGAAAACCAGGGAAACACGUGGUACCGUGCACUGGUGGAUCUGACACCAACAGGGAAGUUUCAGGUGAUCUUUGAGGGACGUAGAGGAAGCACAUCCCUGUCAGAUGUUUCCAUUGAUGAUGUCUCUCUACACAAAGGAACCUGUGAUGAUUUAACAGACCCAUUGCCACCCGAACCCAUCCAAACUACAACCAGACCUACCCCAACUACAACCAGACACACCGAAAUCACAACUGCGCCCAUAACAACUACCACCUCAGGUGGUGGAAGUGCAGUUUGUAACCUGAACUGUGAUUUUGACGGUGAUAUCUGCGCUUGGAGUCAGAUGCCGACUGAUGCUUUUGAUUGGACAAGACACACAGGCUCCACCCCCUCUUUGAUGACUGGCCCCUCCUCUGACCACACAACAGGAAGUGGUUUCUACAUGUACAUCGAGGGUGAUAGUGCCAGUUAUGGUGACACGGCACGUAUCAUCAGUUCAGAGUGCGCUGACAUUCAAAAUCAGUGUCUUCAGUUUUGGUACCACAUGUACGGUUCCGGCAACACCAUGGGACUGAGCGUCUACCAUCUGCAGGGAAAUGUGGCCAAAGAGGUGUGGAAGAAGAGAGAAAACCAGGGAAACAUGUGGUACCGUGCACUGGUGGACCUGACACCAACAGGGAAGUUUCAGGUGAUCUUUGAGGGACGUAGAGGAAGCACAUCCCUGUCAGAUGUUUCCAUUGAUGAUGUCUCUCUACACAAAGGAACCUGUGAUGAUUUAACAAACCCAUUGCCACCCGGACCCAUCCCAACUACAACCAGACCUACCCCAACUACAACCAGACCCACCGAAACCACAACUGCGCCCAUAACAACUACCACCUCAGGUGGUGGAAGUGCAGUUUGUAACCUGAACUGUGAUUUUGACGGUGAUAUCUGCGCUUGGAGUCAGAUGCCGACUGAUGCUUUUGAUUGGACAAGACACACAGGCUCCACCCCCUCUUUGAUGACUGGCCCCUCCUCUGACCACACAACAGGAAGUGGUUUCUACAUGUACAUCGAGGGUGAUAGUGCCAGUUAUGGUGACACGGCACGUAUCAUCAGUUCAGAGUGCGCUGACAUUCAAAAUCAGUGUCUUCAGUUUUGGUACCACAUGUACGGUUCCGGUAACACCAUGGGGCUGAGCGUCUACCAUCUGCAGGGAAAUGUGGCCAAAGAGGUGUGGAAGAAGAGAGAAAACCAGGGAAACAUGUGGUACCGUGCACUGGUGGACCUGACACCAACAGGGAAGUUUCAGGUGAUCUUUGAGGGACGUAGAGGAAGCACAUCCCUGUCAGAUGUUUCCAUUGAUGAUGUCUCUCUACACAGAGGAACCUGUAAUGAUUUAAUAAACCCUGUGAGCACAUCUCCUCCAGUCUCAUUGCCACCCACAACCUCCCCUUGCCCCAAGAACAGUCAUUACACUGACUGCAUCCAUACCUGCCAGCCUACAUGUUCACAUCUGCAUGGUCCACCCAACUGUAACACUGAAGAGCCAUGUGUGCCAGGCUGUUUGUGUGACGACGGCUUUGUGCUUAAACAGGGUGUAUGUGUGCCUAUCCACAAGUGCGGAUGUGUAGACAGCAAUGGCGAUAUUCACGACUUUGGUGAUGUCUGGUAUGGCGGCCAUUGCUCACAGAGGUGUAAGUGUGAAUAUGAUGAUGGUGGAGAGAUAGAAUGCGAAGAUCAUGAAUGUGAUGAAGAUGAGAUAUGUCACAUGAACGAGGAGGGGGAUUACAGUUGCCAGGACACUGAGUUCAGCAAGUGCACAAUUGAUGACAAACCCGAGUUCAAGACCUUUGACAGCAUGAAGCACAAGUUUAAGGGCAAGGAGUCCUACGUCCUGGCCCAAAGCUCUGGUCUGCCCAGCAACGUCCCAGAAGUUUAUGUGGUCUCCAUCAACAAAAAAACCAAAGGCGAGAGCAGCGAUGAAGGCAUGAGCAGCGGCAUGGGCAGGGGUAAGAGCAGCGAGGAAGACAAUAGCAGCAACAAGAGCAGCAAGGAAGACAGCAGCAGUGAGGAAAACAAGAGCAGCAAGGAAGACAGCAGCAGCGAGGAAAACAAGAGCAGCAAGGAAGACAGCAGCAGUGAGGAAAACACGAGCAGCAAGGAAGACAGCAGCAGCGAGGAAAACAAGAGCAGCAAGGAAGACAGCAGCAGUGAGGAAGAUAACAACAAUAAGGGUCGUAUACGUGUCAUCAGAAUCAGGGCUUAUAACCGCACUGUGGAUUUUAAAAAGGAUUUGAAAAUUACGGUAGAUGGGUUGAGUGUUCGUCCUCCUAUCUCACCUACUAAAGGAAUGAAGAUUUACGAGCGUUCUUCUCGAGUCUUCCUAAAGACUGACUUUGGCCUCACUGUCGAGUUUAAUGGCAAAGGCAGAGCUGAGAUCACUCUUUCCCAUGUGUAUAAAAAGAAGAUUGGAGGUCUCUGUGGAAAUUUUGAUGACAGUAGCAAAAAUGACAUGAUGAAGCCGAACGGGAAGCAGGCAAAGGAUGUGAAGGAGUUUGGAGAAAGCUGGAGACUGACAGACAGACGAAGGCGGUCCGCAGUGCUAAAGAAAUGGCUCCUGCGCUAAAACAGACAUAAAACUGACCAUCAGCUGACUGCACCUGUCAUCACUACUGACCUUCAUCUACACCACAACUAACAAACUACUUUAAGUAGUUAACUAGAUAAAACUGGUCUAUGGUGUUUGUUUAAUUUUAACUUUAUAUCUGGAAUUACAUAACAUAUAUAUUUCUAACAUGCAAUGUCUUGCAACAAACUGUUUUUUUCCACUAAAACCUCUGAAUGAACAAGAACAAAAACUAAUAUUCCUACAUUUAUAGCUAAGCGUAAAUGAAUGUUAGUUUAUUUGCAAUGCUAAUUGUCAUUUUAUGAAAUCGUUUACGGUGAAUGAAAGUUUACUCAAAACAAAAUGUACAAUCAUUUAAAGGGGACAUAUCAUAAAAAUCUGACCUUUUCCAUGUUUAAUUGCUAUAAUUGGGUCCCUGGUGCUUCUAUCAACCUAGAAAAUGUGAAAAAGAUCAACCCAGUUACUGAGUUACUCUCUGCAAACAUGUAAAAAAUAGGUCAUUGACAUUUUUGAUGUCAGAAGGGGAUCUUAUUCUAAUUAUACCGCCCCUUAAUCUGCAUUAUCCAACCACGGCACUGCAUUUAGUGCAGAGAGAGAGAGAGAGAGAGAGAGAA